UGCCAACCCCGGCGGUCUUAGAUGGCUAGAGACGAGGGAACCGGAGAUGGCGAUGGAAGGAGCUGGGAAGCCUUUGUGCGGGCUCCCACGGUAGGCAACUCGCGUAGGCUCUGUUCUGCGACUCUGGAAGGUCAGCCGGCCAAGACAGAUUGCGUCGAUGUGAGCCCCGACGGCCGCUCUCUGCUCAUCGUUGCGACAGAUCUUAUACACAUCGUCCCAGCAUUGUUGAUUCAAUCAACUACGACGGUGAAGGCUCGAUCAUGCCGGACUAUCUCGCAGCGAUGGAGAAGCGCUUCAUUGAUGCGCGAUGGGCACCAGUCGAUUCAGGACCAGGCCACAGCCCAUUGGUAGCUGUGCUGACGACGAAGCUCGAGGUGCACCUGUACAAUGCUCAGGCAAGCGCCUUCACAGGCCCUUGGAAGCACCUUGGCGAUUUGAGGGGCUACGAACCUUCGGCAAGGGAGAUUUUUAGCAUUGCCUGGCUUCCGAGUGAUGAGGAGCACCAAGCGGACAAAGGACCUUCAACACAAUGCAUCUUGGUAGCGGCGACACGGAGCGGCGAGGUCUGUUUGUUCCGCUUCGAAACAAAUGACGGGGUUUUAAGCCUGCCAUACUUCGAAAGGAUCAAGCUGUGCGACGAGCCAAUUCGAGCUCUUGUCAGUGAGCCGCGUUGGGUUCACGACGGGAGGCAUCGCAUGCGCAUCAACAUCGCCGCUGCCACCUCGGCGUCUGUGUUUGCAGCCUCACUCGUGCGAAACAGCAUUCAGACGCAAAGCGGUCUGCAAGUCGAAAGGGUGACCGAGGUCGGUGAAGACAAUGUGGUUGGUCUCAUCAAGUGGGAAGGCCCGUACCUACUGUGGACCACGCCUGGGCAGGUGCACAUGCACAAUCGAGACUAUGACGGCAAGAAAUCGUGGUCCGCGUGCCUUCGAAGCAGCAGAGAGGAAUACGGCAAUCCCUUGCUCCCAGCGACAGGUACGCGCUUGGUCAGAACCCCUCUCUCUCUUUGACUGUCGACGUUAAUUCUUACGAGAUCGCUGCUGUCAAAGCAAUCCGAUCUUUUGUCAUAGACGGACAUGCUAGGUUCGAAGUCAC